AGUUGUUAGUUAACCAUAGUACCAUAGCCAUUAAUCGAUAGUACAGCAUCGUCUCUUAUCACUAGCUACAGGAUAGCCAUCAUCUCAGCAUGUCAUCAUGUUGAAUCAUUGACGGGGAGCCUCGCCGACAUCGCACAGCGGCAUCAUCGAACAUCAUCGAAAUCCGGGCAUAACAAAAUGUCCCAGCGUCCGUCUCUACAACCUUCUGGACCCCGCCGAUCACAAGAAGACUUUGAGCGUGCUCUCAAGUUGCCUGCCAAUACCCAAUAUGUCAGCUCGAGCGACCCAGAUAGGAUCUUACCCGGACCUAAUCACGGUGGCAUCUCGAGAAGCAGACAAGGAAGCUCGGCUGGGACAGCUCUGCCUGGGAUCUCGGAAACAAUAAUAGGUACCAACGACAGACCUGUCGGUCUACCGAGACCUGAUCCGGGACCAUCCAAGCCCUCGUAUACUUCAGACCGAUCGUAUACAUCCGAAGCUAGUAGUUCUAGGGCUUUGAACGAGGAGGAGAGACAACGUACCCUGAGGUCCAUGUCGGCGAGCCACAAAGGAGCUUCGUUUGGAAUCGACGCUGAAUUGAGCCCCCAAAGUGACAGGGCUCAGUUGUCGAAACGUCGGAGCAUCUUCCGAAGCGCUGGAACCUCGAGCACCCCUGAUCUCACACAACGGAACAAGGCGUCUGGUCAAGCUACCGUGAACAACAUGCCAUCUCCAUCACAGGAACCAAACGGAACUCGGGGUUUGGUUCCACCCUCAACCGUAUCGAAGGGUAAUCAAGGGUCCUCGGAGUUUCUCUCUUCACCUGUGAGGACUCGACCAGGACCUCUGGGCACCGAGGAGAAACCCGUACAUCCUGGGAACCGGGAUCGUGCCGCUUCACAUGGGCCGGCUGUGGUCCAGACUUCGAGUCAGAUGAGCGGAGGAACGCAGCGGUCUACGAACACCUUAUCGAGCAAGUCGAAUGGUGUGCAGAGCCCUAGAGGGAGCACGAUUACGAACCGGACGUCGACUACACAAGGCGAUGAUGGCAACAAGAGCGUAAGAAGCAAGACAAAAGGCUUCUGGGGGAAGUUGUUUAGCUCGAAUCGGGAUGAACCUCUUCCCAGCAGGCCUGCAAACGCGUUCAAACCUUCGCCUUCUGCUCAGCCUCUUUCGACCGUACCGCGACCUAACGAGCGUAAGGCGGUAUCCGCUAUCCAGCCUCAGCCGAUCCCAGCGCCGUCCCGCAAAGAUUCUGCUGUCAGCGCAACCAGCCCGAUCAGUCCCUUGCGGUCGCCGGAACUGAGUGAAGUCCCGUCUCCGGUUUCGGAAACACCCCCACCAUCCUCGGCGCAUCCACCCAGAAUGGCCUCUCGACAUCAUAGAGAGCCUGCAACGCAGACGGGGGACGAUAGCGACGAGGACGACGACAAAGAGGCUAUACGCAGAGGAUCGAGUUCUGCGAAAGGCGGUCCGGCAGAUUCUACACCGGUACGAAUGGAUCAAUGGCGCAGGCAUGUAGAGGGUAUGCUGGAAGGCGAUAGUGUUGAACGGGACUUGGCUAUGGAGCUCGGUGUUCCUGCUCAGAGCAUGACACUUCGAGAUCGGACGACAACGUCGCAGUCUGCUUCUGGGAUUCCUUUGCCAGGAUCUCCAAUUGCUUCAUCGAAAUCCGGGCAGGACCUACUAUCGCAUCCUUCUCGGUCAAAAUCGGCUGGAUCCAGUCCAAAAAUCCCCUUGGCUCCCGCUUUAUCGACCCGCGUGUCUUCUCUGGCUGAUGCGGACUUGACCAACACCCCGGUCCAGCAGGCCACACAGAUCAUGUCCAUGUUGACUCCUCCUGCGCGGCCAUCUAGACACCUGCGGUAUCCUACGCAAAGCACCGAUGAGGAUACUCCCGCAAGUGAGGCUUUGCUCAGUCGUAAAGACGCCGGGAAGAGGUUGUCGGACGGCGACACCAGCACGUUACACGGUCGUGGGACGCCUGUGGCGGGCCCUGCAGCUGACUCACCGUUAGACGAGACGAGUCGAACACCGACCACAAUGGGAAGAAGCCCCUACGCAUACCCGCCUUUGGUCGAGCCUGAGGUAGACGAGAGCAUCGAUACCGAGGCAGGAAAGAUUGCGGUUGCAUCUUUCAAAGGCGAAGAAACGUUCGUCAAGAAAGAUCGGCUGGCAGAAUACAUCGGUGGCGUCAAGCCCAUCAAUCGACGUACUCUGAUACACUAUAUGCGACUUUUCAACUUCGACGGGAUACGGGUAGACGAGGCGUUCAGGCAACUUUGCCAGAAGCUCUACCUCAAAGCAGAGACGCAGGAAAUUGAUCGGAUCCUCGAAGCAUUCAGUCAACGGUACUUCGAUUGCAACCCUACAACUAUCUUUGCGUCGCCUGCUGUGGUGCAUACAGUUACUGGAUCUUUCCUCUUACUGAACACGGAUUUGCAUAUCGCCGACAUCAGCGAGCACAUGUCGAGACAGCAAUACGUUCGCCUCACCAUGGACACGAUCACGUCUCAUCUGGCCAAGGAAGGGACUUCUCGGCAUGCUUCCACUCCCGAGCUAGUUCACAACGAUAGCAGCAGCACGUUGCGGACAUCCAUUGCAUCUGCGCCCUCACCGCCAGUCCCGGCCGGGAAUCACCGAUUAGGUCCUGCUAUCAAUCUCGACCGGGACGUUCUGAAUCGGAAGGGUUCCAUCGCUUCGAUCGACCGGACUGUGGACCGGAGUCAGCGACAUAGUAUGCUAGUGGUGACCAAUUUGGGAAAACAGCCCAGCCCUCACGAUGCCAGAGGACGGCUACCAUCUUCAGCAAGCGUUGGAUCUAUGGCACAACACGGAAGCAAGUGGGAGGCUGAGCUGGAGUCCACGCUGAAAGAUAUAUAUCAAUCCGUCAAAUCCCGACAGAUACUCCUACCGACAGCUCACGACUAUGCGUUCCGCGGAGCGCGCAAUCCGAUGAUGCGAACCACGUCCGAUACCAGCGGUUCCGACCGUAUGAGUGCCUACAAGCGAGGCAGCAUACGUGGCAUGCAGGGGCUGGGACCCGGGCAUUUCAACCAAGACGGGCGGGCCAGCCCAACUCCCAGUCAUGCAACAUCAAUCGGCGAAAAUGUCGACAAGCAUUACCCUUCAGGCCCAGCUUUCGGCUUUGCCAAUAAUCUGACACAUACCGUCAUCAAAGAGCACGAAGACGAAGCGGCUAGCAUAGCGGAGUCUGCAACAACCGAUGGCACUGAAGACAUGACAGACGACCAAUUGGCACUCCUCGGGCCGCCUUGGGCAAAGGAGGGUAAUUUGCAGCGCAAACCCUACUGGGAAGGUCCCGGGAAACGAUCCAAGGAGAAGAACUGGCGGCAAGUCUUCACCGUGCUUCAGCAAGGGGACAUCUACAUGUUCUCAUUCGACGAGGGCUCCGGACGAGCUGUUCCGAAAGGACUCGCUAUGGGUGGAGGAAACUGGAUGGCUAAUGCUCGCGGCCAAGGCGACAUGAACCUUUCCCACGCACUGGCUUCUGCCCUACCGCCGCCGGGUUACAACACGCAAAGACCCUACUGCUUCAGUCUCACCCUACAUAAUGGCGAAAUGAGCUUUUUCCAAGCGGGGACAGAGGAAUUGGUACAAGAAUGGGUAUCGACCUGCAAUUACUGGGCAGCGAGGCGCAGUCGACCUCCUCUGCCUGGAGGGGUAUCGAACCUUGACUAUGGCUGGAAAGCUCUGGAGAGUACAGAUCAGCCGGAAGACCACACCGACUCGCAAAGCGUCUUUAGCAAUCGGAGUGCCAAGAGUCGGCUGUCGAUGCACAGGACGUUGGGCCGACGAAACAUGCCAGCGGAAAGAAACCAUCUGAGCGAUUGGAAAGCGCCACAACCUUCCCUCAUCCCGAGCAAGCUCGACGAAGAGGCCCAGCUAGAGUCGCUACAGAAGCAUGUCCAAUCGCUGGUGAAGGAUUUGGCGGCUCACAAGGCGCUCGAAGCGCCACUUGCUAAAUACUAUCCCGCACGGUCGAUCAACAGCAUCAAGGCGCAAGAGAACUGGAAACAUCGUUCUCUGUUUAUCCAUUCAGAGAUAGUCAAGUACGAAGUGUAUACGGACGCGUUAAAAUCUGCGAUCAACCUGCGCUUCAAGAAGCAAGGCGAAAAGAAACUCGAGAAAUCCCUUAAAAGGAACAUGGAAAUUGACGAAAACGAGGACGACUUUUACGAUUAUUUACACGACACGAACGUUCGGUUGACGCCGGUUGAACGCAGAUAGCUUCCUCUCCCCUUCUCUCGCUUGUAGUGAUAUUACCUUUUACCUUCGAAUUCGAUCUUGGUUCGUGCAAUUGUCGGGGUACUCAAGCUCUACGAUCGAACAGGAUAGAUGAGCUGCCCUUUGACGUUCAAUGAAGCUUGUAGGAGCAGCGGUCUCGACUGCUGUAACCCGCCCCUGACGGACGAAACCAAUAACAGAGUGAUGUCAUAUUCCUUCAUUCUUGAUGAAGAUUAUCGUCGUUUACUUCUAUCAUACAGUCUCA